AUGAAUACGUUGGAUGAUGAAGAUGACCAAAGCUUUCACGCUACGCGUGACGGCUACUCCCAUUUGAGCGAUGCCGAAUGGGAUGCGGUUGAACGGAUGGGUUCAACCAUGGGCAUCCAUGCUGUUGGCGUCAUGCGAGAGGCUCUCAAUAGAGAUGCCCAACAUGCUACUAUCGCCAAGUUCAUUCAAAAUGAACUUGACGCUGAACGCGAGAAAUUUGAACUGUUGAGACAGCAGCAGGCUGCUGCUGGUGGGUCGAUGCACUCGCGUCGACCCGAGACUUUGAAGAUUGACAUCUCUAAGUAUAAGGGAGUCCAAUAG